AUGAUCUCGGCGUUCUUCAUCUUCAACCAAAAGGGCGAGGUGCUCAUCUCGCGUCUCUUCCGCAACGACCUGCGUCGCAGCAUCGCCGACAUCUUCCGCAUCCAGGUCGUCUCCAAUCCAGACGUGCGCUCGCCCAUCAUCACGCUCGGCUCCACCUCCUUCUUCCACGUGCGCCACGAAAACCUAUACAUCGUCGCCGUCACAAAGUGCAACGCCAACGCAGCGCUCGUCUUCGAAUUCUGCUACCGCGUCAUCAGCAUCGGCCGCUCCUACUUUGGCGCCAAGUUCGACGAGGAGGCGGUCAAGAACAACUUUGUCCUCAUCUACGAGCUCCUCGACGAGAUCCUCGACUUUGGCUACCCGCAAAACUCCGAGAUCGACACGCUCAAGAUGUACAUCACCACCGAAGGCGUCAAGUCCGAACAGGCGGUCAGGGAGGAUUCCAGCAAGAUCACCAUCCAGGCAACAGGUGCAACGAGCUGGAGGAGGGCAGACGUCAAGUACAGGAAGAACGAGGCAUUCGUCGACGUCGUCGAGACCGUCAACCUCCUGAUGAGCAGCAAGGGCACCAUCCUCCGAGCCGAUGUCGACGGUGCCAUCCUCAUGCGUGCCUACCUCACCGGCAUGCCAGAGUGCAGGUUUGGGCUCAAUGACAAGCUCGUGCUCGAAAAGAACGACAAGAACCGCGGAAAGGUGGAUGCCGUCGAGCUCGACGAUUGCCAGUUCCACCAGUGCGUCAAGCUGUCCAAGUACGAUACGGACCGCAGCAUCUCCUUCAUCCCUCCAGACGGCGAGUUCGAGCUCAUGCGCUACCGCUCCACCACCAACGUCAACCUCCCCUUCAAAGUGCACGCCAUCGUCGAAGAGGUGAGCAAGAGCAAGGUGGAGUACACGCUCAACCUCAAGGCCAACUUUGACGCCAAGUUGAACGCCACCAACGUCGUGCUGCGCAUUCCGACGCCGCUCAACGCAUCCACGGUCAAGUGCCAGGUGAGCCUGGGCAAGGCCAAGUACGUGCCUGCAGAGAACCACAUUGUGUGGAAGAUCGCGCGCAUCCAGGGUGGAGGCGAGGCGAGCUUUGGCGCCGAUGCCGAGCUCAGCUCGACCACCGUGCGAAAGGCGUGGAGCCGGCCGCCGAUCGAGGUCGACUUCCAGGUGCUCAUGUUCACCAGCUCCGGCCUGCUCGUGCGCUACCUCAAGGUGUUCGAAAAGAGCAACUACCAGAGCGUAAAGUGGGUGCGCUAUCUCACCAGGAGCAACGGAAGCUACCUCAUCCGCUUCUAG